CGACAUUUUGUUGCAAUCCAGACGCAGUCGGCCGAGAGUGAAGGAGGACAUAUUUCUUUAAUUGCCCUUCCCCCCCCAAAAAAAAGCUUUUGCGGGUGUGUGGGAAUAUAAAUCACUGCGCUUCCCUUCCAACGUCAACCGAGGGAUUUUUAGUAAUUUCUAUCGUAACCCAGACGAAAGGCUUAAAUAACCAAGCCUGAAGAAGUCGGUCCUCGACUUCACGGAGUAUCGUGCGCCGAGGUGAAUUCAUGUUCAGCUCGGCUACACGACCAAUCAACGCCCAUUGGCACCCAACAACAAGCACCCGGACGGGACAAAAGCUGCCAGGACCCCGCAGGAGAAGACCACCCAAAAGCCGGAGGCCACUUGGGGGCGAGAGACUGAAGGCGACGACGAAGAAAGGGGUUCUUUUCCCGGUUGUGGCAACAAAGAGGUGACACCUAAUUUGGUAGCAUCAUGGGAGGUGGAGGCGGGGAGAGACUCAACAUUCCAGGCCCCCACCAUGAGCGACCCAAGAAGAAGAACCAACUGGGUCGGGCCAAGCCAAGAAGCCGCAAUCAGAACGGUGCCGUGGUAGCCGAAGCCACGGCAGGGGGCGCCGGCGUCCUCCACCAGAACGGCCACCGCAGGAACGAUAAGGGCGGCGUCUACCACAGGUCUCCAGAGGCUGACAAGAGCACGGCCGUCCGAUUUGCAGACGCCUACGACCAGAAUUGGGAGGGAGCGGUGUCCCACCUCAACACGCUCCUGAGUGCCCAGGGCAGUCCCAGCUAUGCCGGGCCCAAGUUUAGCGAGCCACCCUCACCCAGCGUGUUGCCCAAGCCCCCCAGUCACUGGGUGUCCUUCCCCAUGAGGGGGUGUGACAACAGGGAGAUGAUGGCCUUCCAGCUUAAGAGCCUCUUAAAGGUACAGGCCUGAUUGUGCGCCUCCCUCUGAGGGCAUCCACCCACCAGGAACACCUCUGUGCUGUAAUAGUCUUUAGAUUGGACCCUUGGGUGAGAGAUAACGUAAGGCUAAUUUUUAAACAAUGCGAUAUUACAGUUCUGCUGCCUUGCUGGUUGGUGAUGCCGUCGGACAAUUCGACUUUCUGACGACCCGGAUACCCUUUCUUUGCGUUUUAGCUGCGGUUUUGUUCUUUUUAUUUUGGCUAUUGAAGCAGAUUGGGUGCACUUAUUUUUUGUCUUAAGUGCAGUUACUUCCCAUCACUUUUAUAGUCCACUUCUGUGGACAGACUUUUUAUUUUUUUAACAUUCUCUAUGGUCACAUGGAAGAAUGCAGGCGUUAACACUUAGUCACAUUUGUACCAUAUUCCAAAACAGGAGCCUAACAUUCUUAUUAGAAAAUGUAAGAUUCUCAAACUGCAAUUCUGCAGGGAAAUUGAGUAGAUUCUUUAAUAGAAUAGGCGAAAUGGGGUAAGGUUGAAGGUUAAACCUCAACUGACAUGGCACACGGGCCUCAGCCUGUCUGCUCAUGUACUUUUUUUUUUUUUUAAUUGCGCUGUGCGCACAUGCACUAUAGAAUGGUCUUUGUCACAUACAGUGUACAGCAAAAUUUGUCUUUGCAUUAACCCAUCCUCUUGAGGAGCAGUGGGCAGCCAUCAUGCGACACCCGGGGACCGGAUGUGGGUUGUAGGUCAGCAUCUUGGUCAGUGAAACAUCCAUGUGGGUGAAGUGUCUUGCUCAGUCACAAUAGUGACUGGGAUGGAGGAAGCGGUAUUCAAAUGGGAGCCCUGUGGUUACUGAAUGUCCCGCUUUACCCCCUGAGCCACACAGUCACAUAUUUUCAGAACAGAGCUGGUCUGAGGCCCACAACACUUAUCAUGGUCCUCUAGUGUUUGUUUGCUGGAUGUGUGUUACCAAAGCGAUGUUUUUGACUGGGUUGUCAGCCUCUUGUAGCACCUCAGUCUUUCUAUGAAUUAACACUUGUGCAGCUUUAACAUGCGGAAGAGGACCAAGCUUUAGAUUUGUGGCCCUCUUAGCCACACUUCUCUGUGGUCCUGUUGGCUGCACAAGUGUUUUUUAAAGAGACAAUUGAGGAAGCAGUGUGUGAGAUGAGGCAAGUGUUAGUUUUCUCCUGUGUUUACAAAAAAGAUGCCAUCAUGAAGUCAGGAGAUUGCCACUCACUGCCUAUUUAGCCUAUUUUGCACUGCAGGCACUUGUGUCCAUAAGUUACAGGCCACCAUACUGUUGAAUCAACAGAUGCGUAAUAGACUAUCUUCAUUUUUUUAAACCUGUUUAAGUCAUAUCGCCGCAGAUGAGCCAGUUUGCUUUCCCUGUGCAGAAUUGGAGCUGUUUUAUAGCCAGACUAAAGACGACAAAGCAGCGUUUGUUUAUCAUGUCUUUCAGGAGCCAUGUAAAUAACAUGUAUAGAGUUCUUGUAGCAUAUUGUACAUUUGCAGGCCCACUUUGAGGCUUGCCCGACAAAAGUAUUUUUAGUAAUAACACUGAAUGUAUGAGAUGUGCUAAGGACGUGUCUCAACUUCAAUGCUGAAUAUUUUUAUUAAGAAAAAAGGAAAAAAAACUGCCUAAUAGCAUUUGCCAGUACCCCUGCACUGAAUCUUUCCAGAGAUGUUGCACAUUUUAUAUUAUUUCAUAUGGUAUGCAGUGUAGGGAGACGGGUGCGAUGUGCAAAGAACAUUAAUUAAAUAUGGCAAUUGGAAUCUGGUAGACUUGCUAAUGCACCACUUUCUUAAAAGGAUUUGUAUGCUUUUGAGUUUACUUACUGUGCCCAAGUUGAAGAACCCUUCUCAGAAAGUAAAUUUGCCCUUUCUUCUCUGCUGUUCUUCCGCCAGCUGAUUUGUAUUUUUCUGCUCAUUUGCCAUAAUUGUUCAUUCGGUGCAGAGUGGUGCAUUGCCAAGUCUCCUUCAUACUAAAUUAACUUGUGAUGGAAUUGGCUUUCAAUUUGUCCCCACUGACAAUGUCAUCUUAUGUGAAAGAAAAUGCCCUGUUUUAAGAUUUGUAACCAUUGAUUUAAAAAAAAAAAAAACAAAACUAUGAAUGUGCUGCACUCUUGAUUUGGAAAAACUAAAUUUUACACAAAAGAAAAAAUAAAAUCCCUUUCCCUUCCCCCUAAAA